AUGGGAUUACUAUCACUUGGUACACCUUUGACGUGGGAAGAGGCUUCCAAGUAUGCAGAUCACGUCCGUGAGCAUGGGAUCACCCAGCUGCUCAACAUUUGGAACCGGUACAAGGCGCGAUCAGGAGACAAGCUUCUCUGGGGUGAUGAAAUUGAAUACAUCGUCGUCGCUUUCGACGAUGAAGAGGGGGAUGCCCGUCUCUCUCUCCGACAGACCGAAAUCCUCGCAAAACUUGCGCAUGUAUGCGAUGAUCUCCCGUGUGGACCCAAGAAUGCUCCGGUCCCCAUCUUCCACCCAGAGUAUGGACGCUUCAUGCUCGAGUCUACCCCUGGGGCCCCAUACAAUGGUUCCGUAAACGACCUUCUGGGCGUCGAGAGUAAUAUGCGGUUUAGGCGUACUCUCGCAAAGAAGCACCUCAAUCCCAAUGAGCUACCCAUCACUAUCACCUCGUUCCCGAGGCUGGGUGUCCCAGGAGUGUUUACGGAUCCCUAUUUCGAUCCCGCCAACGCCCAAGCCAGCCACAGUCUCUUCCUACCGGACGAAAUUACAAACCCACAUGCCCGGUUCCCGACCCUGACCGCGAAUAUUCGCAAGCGACGAGGAAGCAAGGUCGCGAUUAAUCUUCCAAUCUAUUUCGACACAAACACACCCAGACCGUUCAUAGACCCAACGAUUCCAAAAGAUAGAGGUAUCUUCCCAGAGGAUUCAGAAGCGCAGAAUGGAGCUGCACUUGAAAAUCAUAUCUAUAUGGAUGCUAUGGGCUUCGGAAUGGGAUGCUGCUGCUUGCAGAUUACAUUCCAGGCCUGUAGCAUCGAAGAAGCUCGACGAGUGUACGAUGCGCUCGUACCCGUUAGUUCGAUAAUGCUUGCCCUUACUGCAGGCAGCCCCUUUUGGCGCGGUUACAUUGCCGAUGUCGACUGCCGGUGGAACGUCAUUUCUGGUGCAGUCGACGAUCGUACCGAAGAAGAAAGGGGGCUCAAGGCAAGCUCUUCCAGUAGUAAUUUGUUCCGGAUUCCAAAGUCCAGAUACAGCAGUGUGGACAACUAUAUAUCGCAGGAUAAGAUAAACUGUCCGAGCUACAAUGAUCUGAAUGCGCCCUACGACAAGGAUAUUGCGGCUAGGCUCAUGGAGAAUGGGAUGGAUGAGCUGUUGUCUAGACACUUUGCACAUCUGUUCAUUCGUGAUCCACUGGUCAUUUUCUCUGAAACCAUUGAUCAAGAUGACUCCGUCAUGUCAGAUCACUUCGAGAACAUUCAAUCUACAAAUUGGCAAACAUUGCGCUUCAAACCUCCACCACCAGGCUCUUCUAUGGGAUGGAGAGUAGAAUUUAGGAGUAUGGAAGUUCAAGUAACAGACUUUGAGAAUGCGGCAUUCUCCAUUUUCAUUGUUCUUCUCUCUCGAGCCAUCUUGACAUUUGGACUCAACUUUUACAUCCCUCUUUCCAAAAAUCCUUUCUUACCGUCUUUCGAGGUUGAUGAGAAUAUGGAGCGGGCACAGAGACGCGACGCCGCUCGCAAAGCGCGUUUCUGGUUCCGUACGAAGAUUUAUCCCCCAGGCGAGGAACGCCCAAGGGAUCCGACCAAUGAAGUAGACUUGCCUACGCCACCUUCUGAACGAGCAGAUGGUGAAGAUGAUCUCAUUGUUCGACCCCGUCAUAAAGGGGAUUGUGGUGGCUGUCAGACACACGGUGUGUUCCUUACGGAUGAGAGGCCUUCGACACCCUCUGCGGACGAAUAUGAAGAGCUCACGAUGGAUGAGAUUAUUAAUGGCAAGGGCACUCAUUUCCCGGGUCUCUUGGGUGUGGUGAAUGAAUAUGUGAGGACACUCGACGUCGAAUAUGCAAAGAAGAUUGCCUUGCGGAGAUAUCUAAAUGUCAUCAAGCGAAGAGCUGACGCUACCUGGAUGAGGCAGUUUGUAGCCUCUCAUCCAGGAUACAAACACGACUCGGUCAUCACCAAGCAAAUAAAUUAUGAUUUGAUCAAGAUGGUGGACUCUAUAGAAAAGGGAAAAGUCAAGGCGCCUGGGUUUCUCCCAGAGGACUAUGUGGGCAGUAUCCAGGAUGACGGAGGAUGUCCUUGA